GGUUUGAGGAGGUACCUAAAUCGAAAAAUAUUGUUUUUUUUCGAAUAAACAAGUAAAAUUUGUACAAAAAUAUUGUAUAAAUAAAUUCGAAAUGACUGAACGUGACUACGCUCCUCUAAGUGCAGCAUGUGUUCGAGGGUUGUGUGAUAAACUAUAUGAGAAAAGGAAAUUUGCAGGCGUUGAGAUAGAAAAAAUGGUUAAAGACUUCAACGAUGCCAACAAUACUAAUCAAAUAAAACGUUUAAUUCGUGUUCUUGGGCAAGAUCUCAUGUCUUCGACCAACCCCAAUGUCAAAAAUGGAGCGCUGAUGGGUCUUUCUUCAGUCGCAGUGGGCUUAGGAAAGGGUUCUAUAACAUACAUCGGAGAGCUAACACAUCCGAUUGUGGCAUGUCUGGGCGAGAGCGAAGCGCGAGUGCGCUACGCGGCUACCGAGGCGCUGUUCAACGUGCUGAAAAUCGCGCGGGACGCCGCCUUGACGCAGUUCCCGCUCGUGUUCGACGCGCUCGCGAGGCUGGCCGCGGACCCCGAGCCGCAGGUCCGGCAGGGGGCCGAACUGCUCGAUAGACUAGUCAAGGACAUCGUGACGGAGAGCCCGUGCCUGGAGCUGUCGCGCGUGGUGCCGCUGGUGCGCGAGCGCAUGUACACGCGCAGCGCGGCGGCGCGGCAGUUCGCGGUGGCGUGGGUGUCGGCGCUGGACGCCGCGCCCGCGCUGGGCCUGCGCCGCCACCUGCCCGAGCUGCUGGACGGGCUGUUCACGGUGCUGGACGACCCCAACCCGGAGAUCAGACGCAUGUGUGACGUGCAGCUGAAUGAGUUUCUGCGCAGCAUAAAGAAGGACCCGUCGGAAGUUAACUUUGAAGCGAUGAUCAACAUUCUUAUCACGCAUGCGCAGUCCACGGAGGAGUUAUUACAACUGACGGCCGUGACGUGGCUGAAGGAGUUCGCGGAGCUGAGCGGCGCGGGCGUGCUGCCGCACGCGUCGGGCGUGCUGCGCGCCGCGCUGCCGUGCCUCGCCUACACGGACGAGCCGCGCAAGAAGAUACGCGAAACGGCAGCCACUGUUAACCUUCAGCUGACCAAACUCGUGUCGGAUGCGUCGGUGAUUCGAGUGGGCGAGGAGGAAGGGGAGGGACCCCGAUUGCAGCUCGACGCGGUGGUGGAGGUGCUGACGCAGAUGCUGCACCACAGCUCCGUGCACACCAAGGUGGCCACGCUCGACUGGAUCCUGCACCUCUACAACAAGCUGCCGGCCGAGAUGUACGCGCGCACGGAGCGCGUGUUCGUGAGCGUGGUGGCGUGCCUCACGGACGGCGCCGACGACGUCGUGCGCCGCGCGCUCGCCGUGCUCGCCGAGAUCUGCUCCUGCCCCGCCGCCGACGCCUCCGCCGCCAACGCCCCCACUAGCGGCCCCACUGCCGCCGCCGACGCCCCCACUAGCGGCCCCACUGCCGCCGCCGCCUCAGCUGGCGCCUCCGGCGUAGACUCCUACGACGAUUUGGAGAACAGCCCGUACUAUCAGAAGUUCCUGAACGCUCUCCUGAGGCUGCUGGCGGCUGACGAAAAUCUCCUGGAAGACAGGGGAGCGUUUAUUAUAAGGCAGCUGUGCGUGCUGGUGGGCGCGGAGGCCGUGUACCGCGGCGUGGCGGGCGCGGCGCGCGCGCGCGAGCCCCGCCUGGCCGCCCGCCUGGCCGACGUGCUGGCCACGCUGCUGCUCACGGCGCCCGAGCUGCACCCGCUGCGCCUGCGCCUGCGCGCCUUCGACGACGAGGCGACGGUGUCGCUGUUCCGCAUGCUGUACCUGUGCUGGGCGCACAGCCCGGUGGCGCUGCUGGCGCUGUGCCUGCUGACGCACAACUACGCGCACUGCGCAACGCUCAUCAGCACCUUCGGUGAACUCGAAAUAACAGUAGAUUUUCUCACGGAAGUCGACAAACUGGUGCAACUGAUCGAAUCUCCGGUGUUCGCGUACCUGCGCCUGGAGCUGCUGGGCGGGGAGGGCAGUGCGGAGCUGCGCUCGGCGCUGUUCGGGCUGCUCAUGCUGCUGCCGCAGAGCGAGGCCUUCCACUCCCUGCGGCGCCGACUGCACUGCGCGCCGCCCGACACCGCGGCCCCGGCGGCGGCGCCGGCGCGCUGGGCGCUGGACUUCCCGGCGCUGCUGGGCGAGUUCCGGCGCGUGCAGGCGGCGCACCGCGACCACCGCAUGCUGGAGCGCCGCCUCAGCCGCGCGCGCCUCUUCGACCCGCGCUCCUAGGCCCGCGGCGCCUCCCGCCCGGACUUGUAAAUAACUCUAAAGUCUAUAACGACCUUGUUAUGUAUUCGAUUAUUUCAUUUGCGAGCCAAUUGUAGUUUGCCAUCUCCGAUGAUCGACGAGAAUCGACGGCGGUAGGAGGUAAUAUAUUUUAUUCUCAGGAGCGCACAGGUGUGGCCGUAGCCUUACAUAUUCCGCACUAGCGCUUGUUAACGCGGAUGUGUCCGCUGCUUCGGGGAGCCUAAGUUUGUAAGCAGCUAAUAUACGGAUAAAUCAGCUUGGAGACGUUUCUGCGUUUGUAGUGGUAUAAUACACGGUUACUAAAACUCUCACAUAUGUAGCGUUAGAAGUGUCAUUAUAUUUAUUAAUACUAAUUAAUUUGUAAUAAAAUAUAUAGGAAUAUGUUAAAAUUGACAUCGCAAAAUAAUACACAAUAUUUAUUCUAUUGUAGGAGAAAUGUUAUUUCGGAGUAGAGACGACGCCUUAGAUAGAAUAUCGGAACGAAUUAUCAUUAAGAUAAGUGAUUGAUGGGAUGACAGCGAGAAUGACGAUGUCUUCGAAAUAUCAGAUUAGUAACUAUAAAAAGUAUUUGAUUGUAUGUUUAUCUGCUGACGGUGCGCUACUACAAACGAAAAAACAUCUUCAAGCUGAUUUGACUGUAGCUGUAUUUAAAAAUUUAUGUAUAUAGAUAUUUAAGAUUUGAAGUUUCUAGAAUAUAAGAUGAGCACAUUCCA